AUGGGCCAUUGCGCAGGAUUUUGUAACGGUGUCAAGAAGAAAGUUUCCCCGAGUGGCAUGGAAUUCGCCACCGUGGCCAAGAGGUUGGUCGCCAAGAUGGGCAGCGACUUCCUCAUCCAGGUGCUGAUGGUAGUGCCGGACGACACUGAACUGCAAAUGGCGGUGGGUGGUGUUGGAAGCGCUGGUUUCGUGGCCCAGACCAAAGUCGUGGCUGUUUUACGCAACUUGGAAGGUAAUGGAGUGUUUUGCUGUGCUCGCCGGACGCGACUACACAUUGCUACCAGGUGGGAGCCAUGUGGACUUGUGCUGGUGGAGGCUCUGCGCUCGGGAAGGCGGUUCAUCGUCGCUCCGACUGGUCUCUGGACGGAUGGUAAGAUGACCGUCGAGGCGCUUGUGGAGCAAGAAUUUACUCGAAGGGGUGACCCUUGCCAAGAAUAG